GGAAGGGGAUUAGAAGGUCAUGUUUUAUUAUGCACAUGAGAUUCCGAAUCUAGACGCGAUUUAUAUCUGUUUCUUUCAAUAAAAAGGUGAUAUUUACAUUUAUAGUGGUAAUGUGGUUUUUUCAAUAAUUCUCCUGUUUUCCGCGUACUAUUCAAAAAUUGUGUUCUUCGUAAAACAUCAUUUGUAUCUGCAUUAUUCUGAAACAGCAUAUGAAAUAUGUACAUCACACCUUCACUGAUAUUAGCUGUAUCGGCCGCAUAUAUUUUGGUUUAUGCAGAAACAGAUACAAAUAUAUAUUUUCCUGACGAAUAUGAGGAUAAAAUGUACAAGAUCUCCUCAUCACCGCUAGGUAUAUCAAAUACCAACAAUUUUGCAGAUAAAAACUUAUAUGAACAAUAUAUUAAUCGUGUAAUAUCAAGAGGUAUCGCUAAUCUAAGUUUAGCCAUCAAUAAAGCCUAUCAAGAUACAAAAUUUGCCAACAAUAUUGUCUUUGCUCCGUUAAACAUUGCUGGUGCUUUGGCUUUAAUAUUACUAGGAUCAAAUGGAAAUACUUUUCAGGAACUUGCUGAAGUUUUGGGAUUGGCUACGGGGAUCGAUAUCGAGAACAAUUCGGAAAGAGUUCAUGAAGAACUCGGUAGGAUGAUCCUGAAAAUCGAAUCAACUGCAGGAUUGGUGAUGGGUCAACAAAUUACGUUAGCAUCCGCAAUAUUCGUUCAAAACAACUUUCCCAUUAGAAAACUUUAUAAAGAAACAGCAGAAAAUCUCUAUAGAAAUGAAGUUUUGAAUGUGGAUUUUAAAAGUAAUCCUUUAAAAGCAUUACAACUUGUGAACGCUUGGGUUUCCGAUCGAACUUUUGGAAAAAUCACUGAUAUACUGACUGAAGCUCCGUCUCCAGGUACCAAAGUUGUUGUCGCUAGUGCUAUGUACUUCAAGGCAAAGUGGGAACAUCCAUUUUUGGAAGGGCAAACAGCAAGGAGGCCUUUCUUUCCAAAUGGUCGGAAAACAGUUACUGACAUAAAAGUGGAUAUGAUGGCUAAUAUUGGAUAUUUUCCAUAUUUUAAAGAUGUCACAUUAGGCUGUGAAAUUUUAGGAUUUCCUUAUCAAGGAAAUGGUAGCGUAAUGUAUAUAAUCAUGCCCUUCAACUCAAAUGCAAAAAAAUUGAAAGAAUUUGAGGAGAAAUUAACAACAUCAGAUUUGGAAUACUUGACAGAAAAGACUGUUCCUACAAAUGCUCUAAUUUUACUUCCUAAAAUGAGAAUUGAAAGUACAAUUGAUUUAAAAUCUGUAUUAAGUAAAUUGGGAGUCAAAAGUUUGUUUAAUCCAUAUGAAGCCAAUCUAGGACUAUUAUCACCUGGUGGAAAUUUAACACAAAUCCGUCACAUAGAUUCAGUUUUAAAUCCCAUAGCACCAAUUAGUGGUAAUCCUGAUGAGGUUUUAAUAUUCAAUAGAAUGGGGAGUACUAUAAAUUGUACCAAUAUUUUCAACUCAAACAAUAACACUACAAUGUGUGAGGACACAGUAAAUAUGAGAAGAUCUAAGCAAGCAAACAUCCGUCCAAACAAACGGGUUGCAUUUGCACAAAUCGACACUAUUGACAGCAUCAGAAAUCUUAUCAAUAACCAAAACUCAGACAACAAUCAAAAUCCAGGAUUAUCUGUUGAUAAAGUAAUUCAUAAAGUAUUUAUGGAUAUUACAGAAACUGGAACAGAAGCAGCUGCUGCAACGGCAGUCACCUUGUUUAAAUCAUUAAAUGCCAUUAGCUUCAGAGUAGAUGUCCCCUUCAUAUUCUUCAUUAGACAUGAAGAAACAAAAACAAUUAUGUUUUGGGGGUCAGUUGAGAAGCCUACACCAAAUUUUAAUAAUUCGUGAUUAAGUAAGUAACUGUAUCGAAGCUGAUCUACAAUUUAAAAAGUGAGUGACUCUUAAUUGUAAAUCAAGUUAAUAAAUAAAUACAUUUCAAAA